AUGCCGUCCAGAGAUGACAACUAUGACUUCAUCAAGAUCAUUGGCAAGGGUGCGUUUGGAAUCGUGGAGUUGUGGCAGCAGCGCUUCAACGAUGAGAAGCUUGUUGCUGCCAAACGUGUCCACGUGGGUGAAAUGACUGCAGAAGAAGUUGAGCGAACCAGACAAGAAGCUCAAGUGCUGAAAUCUCUCCAACACCCUCACGUAGUGAAAUACCUGGGCAGCUGGGUAAGUCGGCAAAAGGAGGACCUGAUCAUCAUUCAGGAAUAUUGCGAAGGCGGAGACUUGGCGCACUUCAUCUAUUUCAAGAAGAAGAGCGGCGAGCACAUCUCCGAAGAGCUUGUGAUGCAGUGGUUGGCACAGCUGACGCACGCUCUGCAGUAUUGCCAUAAAAAGGCACGCAUCCUCCACCGAGACUUCAAGCCUUCGAACAUCUUCUUGUCAGAGGACUUGCAGUCUGUGCGGCUCGGCGACUUCGGGAUCGCAAAGAACUUGCGGUCCACAGCCAGCCUCUGCCAGACAGUUGUCGGCACGCAGGCGUAUAUGAGUCCAGAGCUCACGAGAAUGCAAAAGUACGGGCCAAAGACCGAAGUAUGGAGUUUGGGAGCCACGCUCUACGAGAUGUGCACACACAAAAAGCUUUAUGACAGCCCUGAUAUCCUAGAACUGGUGGAGAAAAUCUCAAGCUCUUCCGAGGCCCCGCGAUUAUCGCCCGACUUGGGUUAUUCUACGGAGCUUCAAGAUAUUUGUGCAGCGAUGCUGGUGAAAGACCCUGGGGCACGGCCAACACUGAGCGAUAUGCUGACGAACCACGCCCUGCUGCGCGUCACUGUGCUCCAGCUCGAGCGGAACAUGGACUGGGGCGAAUCGCUUGUCCCUGGAGAAGACCCAAAGCUUGAAGUUUCUUUGGAGGCACAGGACAAGCUCCAGGCACUCUUCAAGAAACACAGCAAGAAUGGCCUCCUGAGCAAGACAGAGCUGGCCAGCCUGCUACACAAGUUGCAUCCCAAGUGGGACUCGGGUGUAGCACGGAUCCUACUGAAGGCAGCAGACGAGGAUGGGGACGAGAACUUGGAUUGUGAAGAGUUCCUGAGCUGGCUUCUGGCAGGAAACAGUGAGUGGAAUCCCAUCAAGCAAGCGAUGAUGCUGUCAGUUGACGAGGACGACCCCGAGCCACGCGUGGAUCGGAGCAAAACCGAGAAAGCCUCGGAAGAAGCUCCGCCAGAAGGUGAAAGUUUUGCAGCACUAGCGGCCAAUGCACGGCAACGGCUACUGAAGCCGACAGCGGAGAGAACUUCGCUAUCGCUAAAGGAAGCUGCAGCCAUGAAAGACUUGGUGGAGCUUGCACGGCAACACAAGGAGCUCACUGACUUGUUGCAACAGUUCCCUUUGGACCUAGAAGCGGAGGCCAUGUCAACCGUCGCCUUCCCAAAAUGGUCGGUCAGUCGCUUGAAGGAAUACUUGACGUCACAUGGUGGCACAUUGGAUGGAGCUGUGGAAAAGCAUGAACUGGUGGAGCGUUGUCAGAAGCUGCAUCUCGAGCAGAACAGCAGUGCAGAAGGUGCGGACGAGGAAGACUUAGCAUACGCAGAACGUAUUGAUGCUCGCCUCAGGUGCUUACGACUCUUGCAGGAUCAGACGGAUCCUGAUCCGAUCCAGCUUGCUAUCGCACUCCGACAAGCACAACGCCUGCUAGUUGAAGAGCCCUGCGUCACCGCAAUUCUCAGCCAUUCGCAACGUCUCGGAAUGAGAGCGGAGGAUAAGCUCAAAACAGCGAAGACUGUCCCGGAGAUGGAACAGGCUCUAGAGAUCAUGGAGGCGGUGAAAGACGUGAAGCUGCCGGAUGGGCACACCAACUGCGUGUCUUCAAUGAAGCUCGACGAAGCCAACUUCCGUCUACAGGGCGUCAGGAGCAAAGAGGAGAAGAUUGGAGUCCGGUCGCAUUGCGGGCCUUUUGUCAAGACAAGCUCGCUCAAGGGGGAUUCCACGCUGCAGCAAGCAAAGCUCCAGCUCGCGCAGGUCUGGUGUCGGCCGGUAGAGGCCCUGGACUUCUUCGCAGCAGAUGGUUCACCGCUCGACACCGAGGAGAGGUGGGAAGGUCUCGUUCGAGGGACUGACUCCAUCGAAGUCAAUUUGGUGUUGGACAGAGGUAGGCUUUUAGGUCGCAAGGGAAGCAAGGCUGGGGCGAAGCCCAAAGCCAAACUGGCGGCCAAAAGAUCUCUUGCGGGCCUUGCAGCAUCCAGCAGCCCCUGGCGAAACUGA